AUGGAGCGCAUGGCGGCAGCUAGGGCGCUGUCCGCGCUUCCCAGGGAUGUACUUCGAAUCGUCUUGAAAGACAUCAGUCUGCAGGACCGCUUGCAAAUGGAGCUGGUGGACAAGAGCCAUCGAGACGCGCUGAGAGAGCCGGAGCUGUGGCAGGAUUUGAACCUGCGCGCCAUGCAAGCCCUGCAUCUCACAGAAAAGCAGCUGCUACGCCUUCUAGAACGACUCAACUCUGGUUCGCAGCAAUUUUCAUAUCAAUCGUUUAUUCAACCUCUGCUGCACUUGCUGAGAGAUCCUGUUGGCUCAUUCAAGGGGCUGCUUGCAAACCUCCGCAAGAAAGGCAUUGCUUAUCAAAAAGAUACUGGAAAGGCUGCUGUUACCCUUGACUUUUGUGGGACCGCAAAGUUGUCCCCAGAGUUUGUGGCAGCAUGCGUCCUUGGACUCUCAGCAGCAGGAUUCAAAGUGGACCUCAAAAUGGACGGCGACAGUGACCCUCCUUUCCCUCUACAUCACGUGGUCAGUCUCCUAAGAAUCUUGGCCGUGAGUUGCACGAUCCAAGCAAACCUGCUGAUAAAUGGCUUGUAUCCAGGGUGGAAAGGCAGAUUCUUGAAGGGCUUCAAUCCGAAGAGCCUGCUCGAGCAAGGACAUGACUUCGUGUAUGACCCGGAGCAAUCUCUUCUUGAUUACACAAGGGAGUCUCGCUUCUUCGAAUACGAGGGCUCAGAAGCACCUUGCCGCUGGUUCGACGAGGAGAUCCUGACGCUUCUUCAGCACGCAAGCGAAAUUGCAAUGACAAGUGGCCGGCCUGAGUGGCUGCGCAAGGGCAGUGUCAGACCCUAG